UCGGACACCAGACACUCUCUGUCGGGCCCUCCAUCUGAGCCUGGCUACAAAUGGGGGCCCCGGGCUUCCUUCGGGCCGGGGAGCUCCUUUCCUCUUCUGCUUUUUCGUAAGGUCUUCUUACGACGCUAAGAUAUUAUUUGAUAUUCAAAAUAGUACAAACAGGCAUUAAGUUGUGCAGCCAAGCUGCAUCCAGUUUAAAAAGGUCACAUGCAAUUAGUAACUUUCCACUUCUGGUCUUGAAGCAGCUUUGCUGUGUGUAGGAGUUCAUUUAUUGCCUGUGUGGGAAGUUUAAAUACCUCUUGGCAGUUUUUUUAAUGAGUGUGCGGGUGUGUGUUGGUUUGUGGUUCUGAUCAAAAGUGUCCUGUCACAGUGCCUUUGUCUCCUAUAUAAGAGCCACCAAGCUUUCAUCCUGAAGGAACACUCUGCUUCUUCACUCUUUCUGUUUGUGACACAGAGUUCUGAGGGAAGAUGAAGAUGAGGAUGAUAGAAAUCCUGCAGCUGUUGCUGUGCCUUGCUGUGAGCUACACUGCUGCUACUGGACCAGGCAGCUGCGUGGGUCGCUGUGGGGAGGCUUUCACCAGAGGACAGCGCUGUACUUGUGACUUCAGCUGCCAGCAGCAUAACGAGUGCUGCCCGGACUUCCAGGCUACUUGCACCAAUGCUCAGUCCUGUCGGGGCCGCUGUGGUGAGGCGUUCAGGCGCGGUCGUCUGUGUGAGUGCGAUCCAGACUGCUUCCAGUUCAGCACCUGCUGUCAGGACUACCAGUCGCACUGCGAGGCCCGAGUGCCAGUUUUCCAGCCCAGGAACUCGCAGCCUGUGAGGGCAGCAGCUUCAGGAAAUCUGGGAUCAGAGAGCUUGAGAGGGUCCAACAGUGCGAGUGAAGAACAAUACACAGGUGUGAGGAACAUGGCAGCUGCUCACAGCAGGGCGCCGGUCUCACCUGCACGUGGCUCCUCUCUGCCCCGCCGCAGGGCGCCGCUCACCCCCCCUGGGCCCGCAGCAGUUGGUGUAGCUGGUGGUUCAGCACUCACCAACCCCAGACCCAGCACCCUGCAGGACGUCGCCCAGGCCCUGGCUCUACUGGAGGGGGGCCCUGAGGGACUGGGGACAGGAGUCCUUAAUGAUGCCAACCUGUGCAGUGAUUCUCCCAUCAAUGGACUCACAGCUCUUAGCAAUGGGACCAUUCUGAUAUUUAAAGGGGAUGAGUUCUGGACAGUGGACGCCAUCAGUCGCUCAGUGGGUAGUCCACAGAGCGUCAUGGACACUCUGGGCGUCCCCUCUCCCAUCGACACUGUGUUCACACGCUGCAACUGCCUCGGACACACCUACAUCAUCAAGGGAGACCAGUACUGGCGUCUCAAUGGCAACAUGGUGAUGGAGCCGGGCUACCCCAAACCUCUGGUCUCAGAGUUCCCGGGUCUGACAGGAAGCAUCAGCGCUGCACUGGCAGUACCAGCCGCCGGCAGCAGAGCGGAGACGGUGUACUUCUUUAAGAGCGGAGACAUCAUGCAGAGCUUCAGCUUCCCACCAGCCAGCACUCCCUCCUGCAGCAAGGCUCCCAGGGGGUCCUCCAGGGGCCGAUUGGCUCGCCAGGCUGACGUUCUUCUCAGUGGGGAGAUAAACAUCAGGGUGUCUCUGACCGGAUUCCCCUGCCCGGUCACCUCGGCCCUGUCCAUGCCCAGUCCUCAGAGGAGCGACCCAUACGAGCACUACGUCUUCUCUGGACCUCUUUUCUUCGGCGUCCAGACUUCGGGUGACCUGCCCGCACUGCGCAAACCGCAGACCCCCACACCUAGCCCCGUCACCGUGGCAACCGCUCAAAACGCCAAAACUCCCCUCCCAUCCAACUCCAUCAAAGUGUGGCUGCGCUGUCCGUAGCAACAGGAGCAUCUGGUGUUUUCUGUAUCAGCGCAACGUCUUAUACUUAAAUAUGGCUACUGAGCAAUAAGCAGCAUCUUAAUAAGCAUCUUAUUCAUAGUUAUACAUUAGAAAAAUAAGUUAUCUUUAAAAAAAGCUUCUCUUCCUACGGUAUAUACAAAAUAGAAAACUUACAGUGAAUAUAACAGCACAUCCUUGUGCUGAUCCAAAAGCCUUUGGCUGUGCCAUCCAAAACAACUUUAUUACCAAAACAAGUUUAAUAAGAGUCCAAACAGCAAUAUGAAGAUACCAACUAAAUGACCAUGAAUAAAUGUAAAAAUGACAAACUAGACACUCACAAUGUGUCCGUAGAACCACACGUAUCGCAGGUAUUCAUUUUUCAUCCUGAAUAUUUUAAAAUUAAACAAAAAGAUAGUUAACAAGCUUUGUCUUUUCAUUCCCUUAUUUGAAGAGCCUGCUACUCGAGCUACUCUUCAGCUCAUCAUCAUCAUCAGGCAAAGCCGCCUCUGCCCAUGGCUCCUCCCCUUCCUCCACGGAAGAAAGUGCCUGAAACCCAAAGUGAGGUUGCAGUAGAUGAGCAUUCAUUUGUCUCAUGAUCCCCAUCACUCUGUACCCAUGUCUAUGCUGCACUCAAUAAACCGCUUCAUCAGUACCCUGUGAACGCCUCAGGUUUAUUCUGAAAGGAGCGCCUCGCGUCCCAGGUCACUUUCUCACCUCUGCGCCAUGUAUACUAAAUGUAGUGUCUCGGUGCUACAAAGAAAUGAAGCAGUGAACGCUUCGUGGCUAUCCAACAGUUUAAUACAACGUUAGUAUGUUGGCACCUUGAACAACAGCAUUUAGGAAACGUGAGCUAAACUUCUUCUGUUGUUACGCUGCCUUCACGUUAAACAGGAACUCAGUUCCCAAGCUGCUCAGACGCAUCUCGCCCGGUAGAAGCCAUGAGCUGCUGGCAGCUUCUAGACGCUCUACAGGAGCCAAGUGCUGGGAUCGAUUGCUUCUGUCUCGCUCCUCUAUUUGACCAAUCCUGCUCAAGAAGGAGGUUCGUUUUAUUUAGACAUUUAGGCGUUUAAUUUACACAUGAACCUUAUUGGCGUUCUCUAAUUUUGACAGUGAUUUUCGGGAGGAUUACGCUUACAGCGUAGCUGCUGUAGUGACGUCAGCUGUGCAAAUGUCCAGUAAUUGGUCCAUGUUUGAUACGUAACGUAGAUGAUUACUUGCAUAACCUUUUUACGUCCAAAGGCACAGCAGAGUUGUGCUUUCCGCCGUACAUGUUGAAGAAUACAGGACCGAAGUGCGAAUGCGCAACAAGGGUUUUUCGCUUGUCGUCUGCAAUAAAUGGACGAUGAAAGCACUGCUUAUUCCUCCAUUUCUCUGUAUUUAAUUAUGCGUAACUGCUACAUUUGCCCUCGUAACGUCUAGAUAAUAACAC